GCAAUUUCCUCUCUCUCUCUCUCGCUCUCUCUCUCUCCGCGGCGGCCGCUGCCUAUUCAUUCCCCCACGAGAAUUUCAAAAACCCUACCUGCUCUCCUCCCGAUCUCCUCCGCCGCUGCGCCGAACCCUAGCCACUGUCUCCAGAUCGCCGCGGCGGCGGAAAUGGAGGUGUCGCCGGAGAUGCUCGACACCCUGGCGGGGUGGUUUGCGCAGUCGCUCUCCCCCGACGCCGCCGCCCGCCGCGCCGCCGAGCAGAGCCUCGCGUCGGCGGCGGGAUCCCCGGGGUUCGCGCUCGCGCUGCUCGGCCUCGCUUCCUCCCCGCGGCACGACCUGCAGGCCCGGCUCGCCGCCUCCGUUCACUUUAAGAAUCUCCUCCGCCGCCGCUGGCCCAAGCCCUCCCCCGACGGCGACGACGCCGACCACCUCCCGCCCUCCGACUGCGCCAUCAUCAAGGCGAACCUCCUCCAGCUCCUCCUCACCGCGCCGCCCCUCAUCCAGGCGCAGCUCUCCGAGGCCCUCGCCGCCGCCGCGGCCUCCGACUUCCCUGCCAGGUGGGAGUCGCUCCUCCCCUCCAUCGUCUCCUCCCUCGGCACCGCCCUCUCGGCGGGGGACAUCCCGGCGACCAACUCGCUCCUCUCCGCGGCGGCCUCCCUCUUCUCCCGCUUCCGCAAUGCCUUCGACAACAACGCCAUCCGCCUCGACCUCAAGUACUGCCUCGAGAACUUUGCCGCUCCCCUACUCGAGGUCUUCCUUUCCACCUCCCGCCGCCUUCAGGCUGCUGCAGUCACGGUGACUCCGCCUGAAUCCCGCCCUGUGUUCGAGUGCCUUCGCCUGUGCUGCGAGAUCUUCUAUUCACUCAACUCUAUCGACCUGCCGGAGUUCUUCGAGGACCACAUGCGUGAGUGGAUGACGGAGUUCCGUGCAUUCCUCACCACCUCAUACCCGCCAGCGAUAGAGGCAGAUGGUGCUCCGGAUGCAUUGCGCGCUGCUGUAUGUGAUAACCUGCAGCUGUACAUGGAGAAGUAUGAGGAGGAGUUCAGGGGAUAUCUGAAGGAGUUUGUUGAGGCUGUAUGGGGUCUCCUCAUGGCACCAUCCGUCUCACCAUCCCGUGGGCAGCUUGCAGUGACUGCAAUAAGAUUUUUGACAACAGUUGCUGAGAGUGUGCACCACGCGCUGUUUGGGAGCCCUGAGGCAAUGAAGCAGAUAUGCGAUAGUGUUGUUGUUCCUAACCUGCGGUUACGAGACGAUGAUGAGGAGCUGUUUGAGGGGAACUGGGUGGAAUAUGUUAGGCGUGAUGCCGAGGGGAGCGAUGCAGAUACACUGAGACGGGCUGCGUGCCGGUUGCUGCGUGGUCUUGCGGCAAACUACAGGGAGCAGGUGGCUGCUCUUGUGUCAGCACAGGUCCAGCAGAUGUUGGCUGCAUAUGCAGCUGAUCGGACAAACAACUGGAAAGAGAAGGAUGCUGCAAUAUACCUUGUUAUUUCUCUUAUGCAGAGGCCUGGUGCCACAGGAGGUGGGACACCGGUGGUUGACAUGGAGAGCUUCUUUACAUCUGUGAUCAUACCUGAGCUGCAGGCCCCUGAUUGGGAAUCCGAACCGAUGCUGAAGGCAACUGUCCUGAGGUUUUUGAAGGAAUUCAAGGAUCAAAUCCCCAAAGCCACUGCACUGGCAUUGCUUCCAAGUGUGAUAAGGUUCCUGGUACAUGAGUCCAAUGUUGUCCAUUCCUAUGCUGCAACCUUUAUUGAGAACCUUCUGAUCAUCAAGGAUGUGGUCCCGGUACCAGGUGUGAAUGUGGUUACCAGGGCUCCACGUUAUGUUGCUGCUGAUAUCAACCCAUAUGCCCAGCAGAUUGUUCAGAACCUAUCCAAGGCACUAAGUUUUCCUGAAUCAUAUGAGAACCCCUAUCUGAUGAAGUGUCUGAUGAGAGUUCUUGGGAUUGCUAAUAUUGCUGGGCAAAUUGUUCAUGAGAUUACUGCUCGCCUUGUGGGUAUUCUUAUGGAAGUGUGCAAUAACCCCAAGAACCCUGAUUUUAACCAUUACUUAUUUGAAGCCCUGGCAGCAGUGAUUGGUCGGGCUGGUGAGCAGGACCCAGCACUACUUCCUAUGUUUGAGGCAAGCCUCUUCCCUGUGCUCCAGCGAAUAUUGGUUGAGGACAUCUCGGAGUUCUGGCCAUAUGCUUUCCAGAUAUUUGCACAACUUGUCAAUAUGAGCCAACCACCUCUUUCUCAGAAUUACAUGCAGCUGUUUGGUGUCUUGCUCAGCAAUGCUACCUGGGAUCGCCCACCGUGUGUUCCUGCUUUGGUUCGCUUGCUGAGAGCAUUCCUUCGGAAAAUUCCAAAUGAGCUUAAUCAAGAGGGCAGGCUACCGAAUAUUCUAGUAAUAUUCCGCAAUCUCGUCUUGCGGAGUAGUACUGAAGAUUCUGCGUUCUACAUGCUUAACACGCUCGUGGAAAAUGUGAGUUUUGACAUCAUGAACCCUUACAUAAAUGAGAUAUGGAGUGCUCUGUUUACUCGACUACAGACAAGGCAAGCUGUGAAGUUUGUGAAUUCUCUUGUGGUCUUCAUGUCCUUAGUGGUGGUUAAAUAUGGAGCAGGUAUUCUUAUCAGUUCUGUUGAUGCAAUUCAACCAAAUAUUUUCAUGACCAUCCUUCAACGUUUUUGGAUUCCCAAUCUUAAAUUGAUCAAAGGGGCUCUCGAAGUUAAGUUGACAUCAGUUGCCUCAACAAAGUUGAUCUGUGAAUCUGCAGUGCUGUUGGAUGCUGCAGCAGCCCAAACUUGGGGCAAAUUGCUUGAUAGCAUUGUUGCAUUGCUGUCCAGAUCGGAUCAAAAUGAAGCACAACAAGAGCAGAAUGAUGGUGCUGAUGCAGAUAGUCAGAAUACCUCAGGUUAUUCUGUCUCAUUUGUACGUCUUCAAUAUGCUGGAAAGAGUGAAGAUGAUCUGUUGAAAGAAGUAAAUGAUCCAAAGCAGUUUCUUGUUACCUCCUUGGCCACACUUUCUGCGCAAUCUCCUGGGAGAUUUGGUCCUACCAUUGAACAGAAUGUGGAUCCUGCAAACAAAGGCACUCUUAUUCAACUUUGUGCAGCCUACAAUGCCAACAUUGUCUAGGAGUCAAUGGCGUUGCUGGAAGGCAUUUGCAUUGUUUCCUUGCGGUUUUGUCAAAGGAUGAGUAUCUGGGAGUGAGUCUGUCGGUCGGUCAAACUGGUUGCAGUUUCAUCCUCGCAACACACACUGGCAUGUGUAGGUUGGUCUUGGGAGAGGAAGGAUGUCUAAUCAUACAGCGGGGAAAAAAAAGGAAACAUGAAUAUUGUGGAGGAUGUCUCCUUGAUUGGAUUUUUUUUUCUUCUUGGUGUGGAAGAGGUUCAUUUCCUCCGGAAAAUGUAUUGGUACCCCCGAGAAUAUUGCCAGUGUAGGGCGUGCCAUCGUGUGGUGGAACUUGCUGUGAAUUUUGCCCCUUCUUGCCUCUGCUCUGGCGUGGGAAAAAUGGUAUAUUGCGGACGUUUGUAAUUGUCAA